CGGCAACCUCCAACUCCAAGCUCGAAGCCCGCCCCCCAACCCCCACACCACAAUCCCCAUCACGGCAUCAACAUUCUUCCCAAAUCUCCACGGCUCGGCCAGCCCGCCGCCGCCUCUCUCUCUCACGCCGCGCCCCACCCGACCGACGACCCCGCCCAGAGGCGCGUGAUGGCGGCGCGCACGCACAAGCGGCCGCUCGCCGCCGUCGUGCCGGAGCCGGAGCAGGAGCAUGAGCAGGAGCAGGAGGCGGCCUGCUCCCCGAGCAAGCGGCUGCGGAGGGCGGGGCUCGUCGUCAUGUGGCUGGAGAAGGGGAAGGCCAGGGUGGUCACCAUCGGCCAGAUGGCGCAGAUGCUUCGCCAGGCGCAGCACGACGUGGCAAAUUCCAUCAUGGAGAGGCUGGAGAAAUUGUUGGGACAGCAUUUUGGUGCUUUCCAGAGUUCUAUUAUGGGAUGCAUAGAAGAUAAGGUUCAGUCAAUUGUACAGACAAAGAUGCAGGAACCAAAAGCCGCUUCGCUUCCUAGUGCCGUUUAUGAGCCUCCUCCUAGGCAUGUAUCAGAAGGCUUUCCUGAAACUGGAAACGUCAAACUACGCUUUGAUGUUGCAGGACCAAAAGACACACUUUUCACUCGUUGUCCAGUAUGGAAGAAUGGAGAAAAUGCUAAAGUAGCAAUACUUCAAAAUGAGACGCAAAUCACACAGGGUGAUCUUUCUAAAUUGCAAAUUGAGAUUUUACCUGUUCAUGCUGAUUUCUUUACUGGACAAGAGGAUUUCACCAAAGAUGAAUUCAACAAGCAAAUAUAUAUGUAUAAAGGGAAAGAGUUGGUCUUGACAACUGUUAGCCUUACAAACGGCGAGUCCUCUCUUGGUUCAUUCUCCUUUCCAGAGAGCUCCCAUGGGAAAAAGUUAAGAUUAACAGCUCGAGUGAAAAGGCAGGAUCUUACUGUCAGAGUUCAGGAAGCAAUAACUGAUCCUUUUGUCGUCAAAGACCGUCGAAGUGAAUCAAAUGAGAAGAGUCCUAUUCCAUCCAAGGAAGACGCUAUACAUCAACUGAAGAAAAUUUGCUUAAAGGGAAAACAUUGGAAUAACCUUGUGGAGAAAAAUAUUACGAAAGUGAAGCACUUGUUGCGCCAUUAUCAUAAAGAUAAUUUUGGUCUCCAAAAGCUUCUUGGCAUGAAGAAGGGGGAUUGGAAUACCAUGAUUGAACAUGCUACCAUGUGUGUUCCUGGGGACGAGAUAUAUUCCUAUUGGGUUCCAGAGGAUAAUUGUCAAAUCUUAUUCAAUGAUUUCUAUGAUCUUGUCGGUAAGAUGACUGAUAACUAUGUUCCUUACAGUGUCAGUGACGUCGAUCAGUUUCCACAGCUUAAAGUGAAGAACUGGAAAAUGUCUGCAUACAAGAAAUUUGAGGAGCUGGAGAACUCAGGGGGUCUUAUCCCUGAUUAUUACCUGAGCAACGGCCGCCUUGUCCUGGCAGCGCCUGCGAACAAUGGUGCCAAUACUUCCAAAAAUCAAACUACUGCAGAAUUUGGUGAGCAACAACCAUUUCUGCAGGAGAGUGGAUUCCCACUGGCACAGAUCUUUGCAAACAAUGUUGCUGGUCCUUCGAAUCAAGAAACACCACCAUUUGCACAGUACAGUUACGAACAGGUUACGCAUCAAGAACCAUAUCAGCAGCAUCCUUUUAUGCCAUGCAACGGAAUUCCUUCCUAUCCGACCCAAGGAAACAUUGAUGGUACAGGAUCAUUCCCAGCAUGGUCAAUCAGCCCAUCCCACAAUUUUGCACCAGCUGAAGAGGAGAAUUCAAUGACUCGUGCAAAUCUAACUGCCCAACACAAUGGAUACUCAAGCUCCUUGAUGACUGCUGGUCCUGGUGGGGUUAGUCAGGGAACCUCUUCACUUAACCAUGAUCAGGCUGGCAUCGUCAAUGCGUCAUAUACAAUGGAAGAAUUGCUAGGAGUAGCAGAAGCACAUGUGGCAGAUCAGGCCUUCAUAGCAGCUAACAACGCAGAACUGCCGAAUUCUAACAACCAAUCUAAUGGUUAUGAAUAUGAUGGUGGCAUCUGGUGAUUGAACUUGAGACCACAGGAACAGACUUUCCUCUACCAGAGUAAACAUGAUGGUGGCAGCCGGUGAUUCAAGUAUUCUGUGUGAUUCCAUUUCAAAAAAAAAGUAUUCUGUGUGAUUAAGCAUUUAGUUUGUAAAAUAUCAGCAGUGUUGUGAGUAGUAACAGACAAUAUUGUUUUGUAUAUUGCUGAAUUUGCUAUUGGUUGCGGUAGGCAUUUGGUUUGUAUUCUUAAAGAACAAUCUUUAAUCUUUUAGAAAAAGAGGGCACCUCGCUCUUCUUGAACACCGAGGAGCAAAUAUUCGCAUUGCUGAACUUGGUGUAAUCAUGUUAAUCAAUCUUUUUGCUGA